AAAAGGUUUCCCGCUUUCUACUACCCCGCAGCGACGUCUUGACCCUCUCGUUCGAGACAGAUACCCCGCGGCGAUGACAGCUUCUUGGUGGGAGCCGGUCACCCCGCGCCGUGUUAGAGACGGCAAUGAUACUCUUAGUAAUUUCUUGGCCGUCUGUCUUGUUAUAGAUUCGUGAGAUAAGUAGAGGGCUCUGCUGAACCAAUCCGUCGUGGCUCCGUGCCUCUCAUUUCCCUAUAUCAUAGUUUAUUUCAUGCCAGUAGCACACACAUCUGCUAUUAUGUCGUCCCCAACAAUGAAAGCAGUGAACUACCAAGGCCCUUACAAGGUCAAAGUUACUGAGGUGUCGAUUCCUAGAAUCCAGCACCCUGACGAUGUCAUUGUCAAAGUCACCACGGCUGCUAUUUGCGGCUCAGACCUGCACAUGUAUGAGGGGAGAACAGCCGCAGAAGCAGGCAUCACCUUUGGUCACGAAAACAUGGGAAUUGUGGAAGAGCUUGGAAGUGGUGUCACCCUCUUGAAAAAGGGUGAUCGUGUAGUCAUGCCCUUUAAUGUUGCUGAUGGUCGAUGCCAUAAUUGCGAGGAGGGACGGACUGCCUUCUGCACAGGUGUCAACCCAGGCUUCGCCGGCGGUGCCUAUGGAUACGUUGCCAUGGGACCAUACCCUGGCGGUCAGGCACAGUACAUCAGAGUGCCCUACGCAGACUUCAAUGCCUUGAAGCUCCCUCCCGGCAGAGAGUUUGAAUCAGACUUCAUUCUGCUUGCAGAUAUUUUCCCCACUGGCUGGCAUGGAAUCGAGCUUUCUGGUUUCAGGCCUGGUGAGACCGUUGCUGUUUUUGGAGCUGGGCCGGUUGGUUUGAUGGCCGCAUACUCGGCAGUUUUGCGAGGUGCCUCGAGAGUCUAUGUAGUCGACCGCGUCGCCGAGCGCCUCCAUUCUGCAGAAAAAAUAGGAUGCACACCGGUUGACUUUACCAAAGGCGACGCCGUUGAGCAGAUCAAAAGGUUGAAUGGCGGAGAGGUGGAUCGCUCAGUCGACGCGGUCGGGUAUCAAGCCGUGAGUGCUGGUGGCAACACUGAGCAACCCAAUAUCGUGCUCGAGAACAUGAUCAAGAUUACUCGAGCCUGUGGUGGCCUCGGGAUUCCGGGACUUUACGUACCCAGUGACCCAGGUGCAUCCGAUGACGCAUCGGCAAAGGGCAUGAUCAGCCUGAGUUUCGGCAAGCUUUUUGAAAAGGGCCUCUCUAUUGGAACAGGUCAAUGUAACGUCAAGGCUUACAACAGAUACUUGCGCGAUCUCAUCAUCGCAGGCAAGGCCAAGCCGAGUUUCGUGGUGUCUCAUGAAAUCAACAUCGACGAUGCAGAGGUUGCGUAUGAGAAGUUUGACAAGAGAAUCGAGGGUUAUACGAAGGUUCUUAUUCACCCCAACGGAGGCUUUUAGGUAUCCGUGCAUUGGGCCUGAGUUGGCAAUGGAUGUGGUGUUCGAAUACAGCGAGGUGACGACGGGUAUCUGGUGUUGUCACUUAUGAAAGUCGAGUUCUAUUGAUGUUUAGGAAGCGAAUAGGAAUAUUUCUUUGUCCGCAACAACGAUGCUAAGUCUUUCUAUUCCAACCUAAG